AUGGAAGUCACAGAGAUCAUGUCUUUCGUGAGGCUGAUACCCUGGUACUGUUUCUCCAUUUUGGUCACACACUUAGAUCAUCACCACCUAUGGGAUCCCAAUGAAUUUGCAGUCCAUUGCUUUAAAGUUAUAAUGUAUUCCAUUCAGACACAGUAUUCUCACCACGUGAUCCAAGAGACCCUUGUACAUCUUGAUGUUCGAAAAAAAGACUCUCCGCGUGUUCGGGCCGGGAUUAUCCAGGUUCUGUUAGAAGCAGUGGCCAUUGCUGCUAAAGGAUCUAUAGGCCCCACAGUACUGGAAGUAUUCAAUACCAUACUGAAGCAUUUACGUCUCAGUGUUGAAUUUGAGGCUGAUGAAAGAUGGGGCUCCAUGGGUCGUGUCAAUGUAAGCACAAGCACCAAAGAUAAUUAUGAGAGGAUUGUCCAGAAUGCUAUUAUUCAAACAAUAGGUUUUUUUGGAAGUAAUUUACCAGAUUAUCAGAGAUCAGAAAUUAUGAUGUUUAUCAUGGGAAAAGUACCUGUUUUCCGAACUACCACACAUACAUUGGAUACCAGUCAGCUAGGGGAUUUGGGGACCAGACGGAUUCAAAUAAUGUUGCUGAGAUCUUUACUUAUGGCAACAUCUGGAUACAAAGCUAAGACUAUUGUUACUGCAUUACCUGCCCCAUUUCUUGAUCCUAUAUUAUCUCCAUCUGUAAUGGAAGACUAUGAAUUGAGACAACUGGUCCUGGAAAUUAUGCAUAACCUCACUGAUCGACAUGACAAUUGGGCAAAACUACGAGGAAUCAGAAUCAUACCAGAUGUAGCUGACCUUAAGAUAAAAAGAGAGAAAAUUUCCAAGCAAUAUGCAAGUUUUAUGAAAAAGAAUGGUCAGCAGUUAUACCGGCACAUUUAUUUGGGCUGUAAGGAAGAUGACAACAUUCAAAAAAACUUUGAAUUACUCUAUACUUCACUUGCUCUGAUAACUAUUGAACUGGCCAAUGAAGAAGUAGUUAUUGAUCUUAUACGAGUAGCCAUUGCUUUACAGGAUAAUGCCAUCAUUAAUGAGGAUAAUUUGCCCAUGUUUCAUCAUUGUGCUAUGAUGGCAUUAGUUGCAGCAUAUCUCAACUUUUUAAGUCAGAUGAUAGCAGUUCCUGCUUUUUGCCAGCAUGUCAGCAAGGUUAUUGAAAUAAGAACAAUGGAAGCACCCUAUUUUCUACCAGAACAUAUUUUCAGAGAUAAGUUCAUGCUUCCAAAGUCUCUAGAGAAAUAUGAAAAAAAUUUGUAUUUCUUGACUAACAAGAUAGCAGAAUCAUUAGGGGGCAGUGGAUAUAAUGUUGAAAAACUAACAGUGCCAUAUGUGCCACAAGUAACAGAUGAAGAUCGACUUUCCAGACGGAAGAGCAUUGUAGACACUGUAUCCAUUCAGGUGGAUAUUUUACCAGGCAGCAACCCUAUUGAUAAUAUGGUCAGUACUACCACUGAAGAAAUAACCUUUGAAGCAUUGAAAAAAGCAAUUGAUACCAAUGGAAUGGAAGAACAAGAAAAAGAGAAGAGGCGCCUUGUGAUAGAGAAAUUUCAGAAAGCACCUUUUGAAGAAAUUGCAGCUCAAUGUGAAACUAAAGCAAAUUUUCUUCAUGACAGACUUGCACAAAUACUGGAGCUCACCAUACAUCCUCCCCGGAGUCCAUCAGGAACAUUAACCAUUACAUCUGGACAUGCCCAGUACCAGUCUGUCCCAGUUUAUGAGAUGAAGUUUCCAGAUCUCUGUGUGUAUUGAGUCUUAUGGAGUCUGCUGAAUCAUAUUUAGUAUAAAGUUGAAAAUCAAGGCCAAAAUCAGUUUUUAGGGUUAAUUUGCUUCAUCCCAGUUAAAAUAUUUAUUCAAAAUAAUUAUGAAACUAAAGUUGAACCAAAUGAUUGAUUGCUGGAGCAAAU